CUCAGCUGAGCUCACAAAGUACAAUUUAUUGUGUGGCUGGGCUCUAGAUGACUGACUGCUUGACGUUGUGUGAUUUGCUUCGUUGUUCUGUCUGGUUAAAUAUCGGAUUUAAGGACUUAAGGAAAUCUUUUAAUAUUUUUUUUAUAAUAAUUCAAAAUUAGAUUUCAAUCAUGAGUGAACUCAGUCAAGAAGAGAUACGAAGACGGAGAUUGGCGCGACUUGCAGCUCUUGAAGGCACUGUAUCGUCACCAACUCCUACGAGCCCCCCAGUCACUCCAGGCGCCUCAGCACCAAACGAUGUCUUAAGUUCUGUGCCCACUUCCCGGUUGUCGCCAGCUCCAACACAAGCAUCACGUAGCACAACAGAAGGUUCAGACAAUACAAACAAAGGACAGAAUUUUUCUGAUACGAAAAAUGAUGACCAAAGUAAAUCAAAAAUUCCUGGGGAUAGUUUAAUUGUUACAGAAAAAACCGAAAACAACCUAAUGGAUGAAAUGCCUGACACAAAAAUGACUGAUCUGUCACAAACACGCCAAUACAAUAGCUUUGAUUCAAUGGCUGAUGACAACUUACUGAGUUGUGGUUCUGUAAGAGUAUUACCCCAAUCCACAGUAAGUGGCUCAGAAGUUGCAUCCACCAGAGAAGAUAGUACUUCUAGAUCUAUAUCCCCUGCACAGUUUGUAGAGCCACCUGCAGUGAGGCCUAGGACUAAUGCUUCUUCACCAAGUUGUUCAAGACGCUCUCUAUCAAUGGAAGUUGAUGAUGUUUCAGAACGAAAUUCCCAAACAGAACAACAACAAGAACCAAUGGAGGUUGAAUAUAAUGAGUCAACACAAUCUCCAACUCACAAAUUACAACGAUCUCGGACAAUUAGUUGUACAGAAAUGACAGAAGAACAACUUCGACAUAUUAUUGCUAAAAUACUACAAGUUUCUUGGUCAGAAGAAAGUGCAGGAGGAAUCUUUGUACCAACAGUGGCAGCAUCAUUACUCGACAAUCCAAAAUUAAGUUUGGAGGAAUUGGCUUCAGAAGCUCUAAUGGACGUGAUCUCGCAAAUUAUUGAUGGAAUCGAUCCUUUGAAUCAAAGAUUAAAUGCUAUCACUGAAACUACAAAACACUUCACAGAAGACUGCGGAGUUCUCACAUCGACUGGACUCGGUUCAGACACUGAUUCAGAAAAAGGGGAUUGUUCUUCACCACUACCCACUAAUAAUAUUAUCCCUCAAAACAACUUAGCAGUUAGCUACAUAUUAAAAUUUUAUUCAAACAUAAACCUGUACGAGAGGGAGCACUCCAAAAAGAGUUCAGAACCUCCCCUCAGUGAUCUCCUACAGAGUAUAAGGACUUUACUAGUGAACAAUCUAGUGUUAAUUUUAAGGGGGAAGUACGAUCUCGAAAAGGGAAGAAAAUCUCCACUGCUGCCGUACAUUCUAAUCGGGAAUACGCCCAUCGGUCUAAUUCCAGAGGUCCUGCUCGCGACAUACUCGGACAAGGAAGCCUUCGAGGAAGUGUUCGUGCCGCUGCUGAUGGGCGUGCGCGAGGAGAUGCGGCGCUGCGUGUCGCCGGGCGCGCGCGGCGCGGGCGCGGCGCGCGGGCAGGGCGCGGCGCUGCGCGCGCUGCGGGCGCUGUGCGAGCUGCGCGCCGGCCCGCGCCACGCCGCGCGCCCCGUGUGCGCGCUGCUGGCGCGCCUGCCCAGCCUGUGCCCCGCGCCGCUCACCACCGCGCCCGGCCGCGAGAUCGCGCGCGUCAGCUUCCUCGGACCGUUCUUCGGCAUAUCUCUGUUUGCGGAGGAAAAUCCGAGGUUCGCAGAACGCAUGUGUGCGACGGGAAGCGACCAAAGCCUCGCAUUUGCCUUACAAAGAGAAGUGGAAGCGAGUCGCAACACAUUGCACAACAUCUGUCACAACAUCCUCCUGUGUCCGGAGGCAAGGGAGCCUCUUCUCAAAUACUUUGCCACACUCUUGCAGAGGAAUGAACGGAGAGCGCAACUGCAAACUGACGAACGAUCUUUGGCCGGCGACGGGUUCAUGCUGAACGUGUGCUCGGUGCUGCAGCUGCUGUCGGUGCGCAUCAAGCUGGAGCGCGUGGACGCGCUGUACACGUUCCAGCCGGGCACGUGGAUCAACGUGCGCGACGAGACGCGCCUGUACUUCACGGCGCAGGAGGCUCAGGACUGGCUCGAGUCGCUCAAUAAUGAUCCGAAUCACGAAUGGCCGGAAGCUAAAUUCCAGACAGUGUGCUGGUUUCUGACCCUGCACAUGCACCACGUGGCACUUAUACCCGCGCUACACACGCAUCAACGACGUAUACGAGCUUUCCGAGAUCUGCAGAAGGUGAUCGAGGAGCUAAUGGCUGCCGAGCCACAGUGGAGGAACAGCUACUCGGCGAUCAGGAACCGCGAGUUACUGAGACGCUGGCGACGCCAGAUCAAGAGACUGCACAGGUCGAAGCAGUGCGCGGAGACGGCGCUGCUGGACCCGGAGCUGAUGCGGCGCGGCGUGCAGUUCUACGCGUCGGCGUGCGCGCUGCUCGUGCGCCAGCUGCCGCGCGCCGCCUUCCGCGCCACGCCCGAGUGGUACGUCGAGGACAUCGCCGAGUUCAUGCUCUUCGCCGUGCAAUAUGUGCCACAAAUAGUCGCCUACUACAUCGAGGAUCCAAUAAUAACUUGGCUACUGACGGCUAUUUGCAAUUCUCAUCUUAUCAAAAACCCGUAUCUCGUCGCGAAAAUCGUGGAAGUUCUAUUUGUGAUCAAUCUUUCGUUACCGAUUAAAUUGAAAAACGACGCAGUAUACGAGAAGUUUAUGGACCACCCGAUGUCGCAGACGGCCUUGCCGAGCGCUCUGAUGAAAUUCUACACGGACAUUGAGACGACAGGGCAAAGUACAGAAUUCUACGACAAGUUCACGAUAAGAUUCCAUAUUAGUAUAAUUCUUAAGAGUAUGUGGGAGAGACCGAUACACAAACAGGCUAUUAUCAAAGAAUCUCGGUCGGGUCGACAAUUUGUUAAGUUUAUAAAUAUGCUUAUGAACGACACGACAUUUCUUCUAGACGAAUGCCUUACGUACCUGAAGCGCAUCCACGAGGCGCAGGAGGCGGAGGCGCGCGGCGCGGCGCGCGCGCGCACGCUGGCGCAGGACGAGCGCCAGUGCCGCUCCUACCUCACGCUGGCGCGCGAGACCGUGGACAUGCUGCAGUACCUCACCGUGGACAUCAAGGAGCCCUUCCUGCGCGCCGAGCUCGUCGACCGCCUCGCCUCCAUGCUCAACUUCAACCUGCAGCAGCUCUGCGGGCCCAAGUGCAACAACCUCAAGGUACGCCGGCCAGACGUCUACGGUUGGGAGCCGCGGCGGCUGCUGAGCCAACUCGUAGACAUCUACCUGCACCUCGACGCGCCGCAGUUCCACGCCGCGCUCGCGGCCGAUGAGCGAUCUUUUCGUAAAGAACUUUUCGAGGAAGCUGCUUUACGUCUCGCGAAGUCCUGUAUUAAGACUUCUUCCGAAAUAGAACGAUUCAAGGCGCUCGCGGAUAACGCUUACCAAAUUGCUGUGUCAAAUCAGCAAAAGAGUGAUGAGUUUGCGGAUGCGCCGGAAGAAUUCCGAGAUCCACUGAUGGAUACUCUUAUGACUGAUCCUGUGUUCUUACCUUCAGGAAAGGUUAUGGAUAGGUCAGUAAUAUUACGACAUCUGCUAAACAGCGCUACAGAUCCUUUCAAUCGACAACCACUCACAGAGGACCAACUGCAACCAGCGACAGAAUUAAAGGAAAGGAUAAUUCAGUGGCAACGCGAAAAGAAAGCAUCAACUUCUUAAGUAUUUAACGACAACUAAGUCUGAUGUAUAUAACAUAUAUCAUAUAUAAAGACUAAAGCUGGAUAUAUUAGGCUAUUCGCGGACUAUUGUUCACAUGUAUGUAUGAGAGAUUAGAAUGCAACUAGAAUGAGAUGUAUUUGGUACAUCACCUGAUUCUAAAUUGUUCAAUCAAUUACUAUGUAAGAUAUUACCAAUAAAAAUUUAACCCUAAAAUUAAUCAAUGGUUCAUUUUCGUCUAGUAAAUAUAUUUAUCAAAUUAAAAAUAAGAAUCUGCCAUGAUUGAUGAGACACAUUAAAUGUAUUUUGUAAA